UUGUCCUACCGCCGUUUGUUUCCCUCAUGGAGUUCAAGCUGGAGGCUCACCGCAUCGUCAGCAUCUCGCUGGGCAAGAUCUACAGCGCACGGGGCCAGCGCGGUGGCCUUAAGCUCCACAAGAACCUACUGGUGUCGUUGGUGCUGCGCACCGCUCGCCAAGUCUACCUGAGUGAGCCGGGCUUCCCGCCCGAGCCGCCCCCUACCGCCUGCGGGCCCCCCGAAGAGGAGUCGCCAUCGCCACCCUGCACCACCGCCACCACCAGCGCCUGGGCGGCCGGUGAGUUACUGCCGCCGCCGCCGCCCCCGCCCCCGCAGGAUGAAGCAGUUAGGGGCGGCCCUCUGCUGCCCGGUGCGAACUGCGAAGGCCCCCGUCCGCGGCGCUGUUGCUGCGGUUGUAGCUGCCACUGCGCGGCGGCGGCGGCCGGUGAGGCCAGCAGAGCCACUACCGUCGUGGUGGGGGCCGCGGCGUCUCCAAUGUCACACUGCGCUCGGAAGCGGAGCGCCGGCGAGCGGGGCCAGGCCGGCUCCCCGGUGAAGAAGCCCCGUCGAGAGGUGGAGGAGGGGCCGCCGCCAGACGACCAAGAGGACAUGGAGACGGGCAACGUGGCCAGCCUCAUCAGCAUCUUCGGCUCCAGCUUCUCGGGACUGCUUAGUAAGGAGCCCAAGGGUCGGCGGCGGGCACCUUUCGGCAGAGGCGAAGCGGCGGGGACGGGGACAGGGCCACCCACCGAGACAGCGUCCGAAUCGGGACAGAUCUGCUACGACGAGCCGGUGCUGCGGACCCUCAACCCGUGGAGCACGGCCAUUGUGGCCUUUUGACGCGCCGACACUAAAGACUCACUGUCCGCCGGCGGAAUGGGGAACCCGGCGGACGGAUGGCCUGACAGCCGGACCGAGAGGUGACACCCCCCUUCCCCCAUACACACCCUACUUUACUCCUUUCUUCCCCGCACCAGCCGCCCGGCGGA